UCUCACCCAUCAACAACAACCUCACUCUCCAAAAUGUCCCCAAUCCCCCCUCCCUCCGUACAAUAACAACAUGGCCUCCCUCCUCCGACAAAUCGUCGCAGGCCCACGCUCGCGACAUCCAGAAGCCGGCCUCGACCUCUGCUACGUAACGGACCAAAUCAUCGCGACCUCGGGGCCCUCAGGCACGUACCCGCAGCGCGCAUACCGCAACCCGCUCGAUCAGCUGGUCAAGUUCCUCGACUACAAGCACGGGGACGGAUGGGCGAUCUGGGAGUUCAGGGCUGAGGGGACGGGGUAUCCGGAUGAGGAGGUUUAUGGGCGGAUACGGCAUUAUCCGUGGCCGGAUCACCAUCCGCCGCCGUUUAAGUUGGUGCCGAUGAUUAUGGCGGGGAUGAGGAAUUGGUUGCAGGGUGGAGAGGAGGGGAGGACGCUGGGGGAUAAGGGGAGGGUUGUGGUUGUGCAUUGUAAGGCGGGGAAGGGGAGGAGUGGGACGAUGGCUUGUUCUUAUUUGAUCAGUGAGUGUGGGUGGAAGCCAGAAGAGGCUUUGGCUCGCUUUACGGAAAGGAGAAUGCGGCCUGGAUUUGGACAGGGAGUCAGUAUUCCCAGCCAGCUGCGAUGGGUGGGUUAUGUGGAUCGAUGGACGCAGAAUGGGAAGGUCUACGUUGAACGAGAGAUUGAGAUCUUGGAGGUGCAUGUCUGGGGACUGAGGGAUGGCGUAAAAGUCCAAGUGGAAGGAUACGUUGACGAAGGCAAGACCAUCAAGCUCUUCCACGUCUUCACCAAAAAGGAACGAGUGGUGGUAGAAGGAAACGCUCCAGGCGGCAGUGGAUUCAAAGACAUGAUCUCAGACAUGGCCGGCUUUCAAAACCAAGCCAACAUCAAACCCACCAGGACGCAAACACCCCAAUUUGACGGGACACACGAGUCCAAACCCCGAGCAGAAGCCUCAAGCAGCUCAAGCUCGACAGACAUCACAGGCGGCGAACUCGGCGGCGGGGCCGUAGUAUUCAAGCCCUCAACCCGAGUCAUCCUCCCAACCAGCGACAUCAACAUCGACUUCGAGCGCCGCAACAAAGCCUCCAUGGGCUGGACGAUGGUCACAGCCGUGGCCCACGUCUGGUUCAACGCCUUCUUCGAAGGCCACGGGCCCGAACAAAACGGCCACGCAGACGAAACCGGCGUCUUCGAAAUCGACUGGGACAAAAUGGACGGCAUCCGCGGCUCCAGCAAGAAAGGAACCCGAGCCUUCGACCGCCUAGCCGUCGUCUGGAAAGCCUACGACCCGGAGCCCGGCCGCGGGCGAAAAGAAUCCGUAAUCCACGAACCGGGCAUCGAUUCCCCCGUCCCCGAAAUGUCUCCCGCGGACUGGAAAGGCGGUCAUCAAACCUCUCCCGGUCUAGGAAAAGACCUCGGACUACGAACCGAGAGCCCGCGGAGCGCGGAAGUUAGCAAAGCGAGCAGUAUAAAAUCGCACCACUCGAAAGAUCGAGACAAUGAUUCCGAGGAGGGCGUCAGGCCCAGCGGACCCGCUGGCGAGGACGACAUCAACGUCGAUAUAAACGAGCUACCGCAACCGCACGGCAAUGCGUCGGAGCCGACGAUGGAGGCUGUGAACGCGAGGCUGGAUACGGCGUCUUCGACUACGCCGACGGUGGAUCUACCGGGCGGGGUGCCCGAGGAUCAGUUGGAGGAUGCGAAGACGCAUCGGUUGGGACAUGUGCAGGCGACGAGGAAGACGAUAGAUUCGUGAGUGGUGUGUAGGCAUAGAUGAGGAGUGGGGUGUAAUACCAUGAUGAAUGAAUGCAUGAGCUUAUGGCGUUUGGUGGGUAAGAAAGAAACGAAUAACGAAUACGGUAUAUGGUUCAUAGAGCAUCGGUUAGCGUUGCUUAGAGGAACAGAAAAUGAGAACUUUUGAAGAGAAAU